UUGACGUUGACGUUUAAUAUUUUGACAAAGACAAAUUGAGGUUAUUGAGCUCAUACAUUUGUUGUGAAAAAUAUAGUAAACUACAAAUAAUGGACGAAAUUAAGGUUAAACAGAAGAAAAAACCGACUAAAAUCGAGGAAAUGACCAAAGAGCAAAUACGCGAGGCAAUAAUAAAGAAACGAGAAUGUAAUGCUAGAGCUCAAAAAAUUGUUGAAAGUUUACUCGAGAAAGAUAUUACGACAACUUAUUUCUUGCAAUGUUUACCAGAAAUAAACCAAUGUCACUUCGAGGAUGUGAUAGAAGAGAGGUGCAUCACACAUCUUUGUGGAUAUCCUUUGUGUCAUAGGCCUUUACUUGAAAAGGAGAUUCCUAAACAGAAGUAUAAAAUAUCAAUAAAAACAAACAAAGUGUACGAUAUAACAGCUCGGAAAAGUUUUUGUAGCAACAGCUGUUUUAAAUCUGCAAUGCAUAUAAAGAAACAGAUGCUAACAAGUCCCUUGUGGUUUAGAGAAUAUGAAGAAAUGCCACAAUUCCACCUUUUGCCAUUGGACACUGUGGGCAGUUUGGGACUGGAAGUAGACCUUGGACAAGUCGAACGUGUAAAAGUCGAACCAGAAAGACAAACAUUUAUAUCAAUAAAUGAUUUCACUCAUGCCAGCCUGAACGAAAUGGACAACAACGAUGAACAUACUAACUCUGACCACUUCCCCAACAAGGAAGGUGAACUAAACUGCACAGAUGCUGUUGCAAGUGAUAAUAAACUGAAAGAAAAUAGUUAUAAUGAUAGAGGGAAUAAAGUUACUAUUGAAAAUGAAACCCUGGAUAAAAACAGGGAACAAAACAUAGAUGCAAAUAUCUCUGGCCAAAAUAAUGAUUUAAUAAUAAGUAAGCAUAAAAAUGAUUUAACUGAAAAACCCAAACCACAAAAAGUAAAUCCUUUAAGUAUUGUUGGUGAAAUUGUUGAAAAGCCAGAAAGAAAAUUAGAUCCUAUAAUAGUAAAUCCACCGAGUGAAAUUAAAAAUAAAGCAAUCAAAAAGCAACAACAAAGAAAGCAACCAUCAGUAACUAAACUAACAAUUGAUGUAGAAAAAUGUUUAUCCGAAUGGCUUACUGUGGACAGCAUGAUCUUUUUAUUUGGUGAGGAGAGAGUAAGAGAAAUGGUGGCAGACAAAGGAGAAUGUAUCAAAGAAUAUUUAAACAAUUACGCACAGAGUAUAUUCUACAAUUCGAACACUUAUGAUCAAUAUCAAGCGUUAUGUAGGAAACUAAAUAUGUUGGAACUCGAAGACAGAAAAUUCGAUGCUCAAACACUGCAACGAGAGACAAAACCUUUGCCGGAUUAUUCAAUAUUACAAGAAGAAAGUAAAAAAAUGCAAUUGAAAGUUAAGGCUUAUUUCUCCGGAGAAUUGGAGAUUCCUGCCUCCACUGAAAGCAUUCCAGAAGUUUCUCAAAUAAAUUCUACAGAAGAAGAUAGUUCAAUAACACAACUACCACUGGUUGAUAAGAAUGCACAAAAUGCUUUACGAAGAAAAAUCGUAUGUCAGCAUAUAAACAAAGUACUUCCUGAUAUACUUCGUUCUUUAAGCUUGUCAGCACUAACCAUUAGUUCAGAUAUACGAUUACUUGUAAAUACAUUCAAGUUGAAAGCAAAUAACAUCACAUUCAAGCCAAUCCAAUGGAAUCUCAUCGCUAUAAUUUUUAUAAAGUUGCUAUCUCUCAAAGACCAUAGACUUAAUUACUUACUAGAGCAGCCAACUGCGUUCCAACAUAUGCAGUUAUUGUUACUCAGUUAUAAACAGGAUGGUGGAUAUUUAGACCGUUUGAUAUCAUGGUUAACAGAUGUUGAUAGACUUUUAGAUGUAAAUGACACUCAACUUACUAUAGAAUAAGUUGUGCGUCAUUGACUUAUAGAUGGAUAGAUAUU